GUAAAUUAUGGUCCACAAUGAUAUUUGAAAUGACAAGCGCGGGGUCCCUGAGGAAUGUGUCAUUGUUGUUGUUGUGAUGUGAAGUUUCUCACCGGACUGAGUUUUGGCGCCUUUUCUCAUAUUUGUUCUCUUCCCGUCGCUGUUCUGAAAAUAAUUGCCCUGCCAACAGUUGCUCUCAGACGCAGGUUCGAAUCCUCGUCACGGCCCUUGACGAUUUGUCCUACCAGCUCUGCUCAAGGGAAACGGCAUGCAGAGGUAUGACGAUUCGGAGCCGCUUUUCGGCGAGGAAGUGUACCAGUUACUGCGAGAUGACUCCCUCUUGCACCGUACAGGCUCCAAUAACUUCGCUGCCCUCAUAGACUCCUCAGACUCUCUUCACUACCACGACGACACGCAGCUACAACCUCUCGCCUUCCCGCAGGCCGUCACUAGCCAGGUCUUGUCUGGCACUGGUACACCAGGGCUCAUCCUCUCUCCUCCUUCACAGCCUCACGAACAACAACACUACACAUCACAGCAGCCUACCGAACUUCACUGGGACAGAAUAACUGAUAACGAUGAUAUUAAGAUUCCUAGUUCUCUUGGGCAGUUUGUUCAACAGGAGCCACUUGGGUCCAUGCUAGAGAGCGGCUCUUCCUACACACUACCAGACACGACCCCAACUCAUACGGUGCCCUCCUUGCAGCCUUGGCCAGGCCGUUUCUUAUUCUCCAUUCGUGUACCAACUGAUAACAAGGACCGCAACAAGUGGUGCUACAGCCAGAGCCUGCAGAAGCUAUAUGUUUGUCCAAAUGUUGCUGUGCCGGUGAAUGUAUCACUCGGCGAGUGGGCUGAUGCUAAGAUUACUAUCACUCCAGUCUUCAAGGAGAGUCGCUGUCGAUUAGAACCAGUGACUCGCUGCUACAACUGCAAGUCCUCACAAGUAAGUGAGGGUGAAUCAGCUUUAGCAGAACAUAUUAUCCAGCUGGACGGAGAAGGUUGUGAAUAUAGCUGCGUUAAUGAGAGGCACAUAGUGACGGUGCCUCUUCAACCCCCACCACCUGGAGAAAAUGUUUCAACUUUAUUCAUGAAGUCGAUGUGUCUAACAUCUUGCGUUGGAGGACCAAAUAGAAAACCUUUUAACGUCGUGUUUACCCUUCGAAGCACAGUUACCGGUUUAGAAGUUGGUAGGCAAGUGCUGGACGUCAAGUGUUGCAAGUGUCCCUCACGUGAUAUGGCAAAUGAAGAGCAUAAUCAAAAUAAACGUGUUGGCAUGGUUACUCUGGAUGAUGAAAAGCAAAUCAAGGUGAGGAAAUUAGCUUCUGAGAUUGUAGUAGGCCAAAAGAGAAAGAGACCAAACAUCAAACUUGAACCAGGAACUGAACUGCGUACUGUGAAGAUCGAUUGUCCUGAAGUAUUUGAGACUCAAGUCAAGCAGUACAUAAAUUAUCUCUCUGUCGCAAGGGUACUCAAACACACCCAGCCGAGUUUGUUUCUGUACCCAGACGUGAUUUAGAGAUUGAACAUCACUGCUGCAGAGUUGUGUACUGCUUUUUAGUGACCUUGGCAGGUCCUUGUCAAAAGAUGGUGCCAAGCCAAGAAAACUCUAUAACACUACAAGUGGCCUUGAUAGUAAUGCUAUGUUUAAAAACUGGGUGAUGUACAUUACAUUUUAAGGAUAAAACUGAACAAAUUUUGACUCUGGGUUAGAGUAUGGUAAGCCCACAUCACAUUACCAAGACACUUUUCUUCCAAUAUGAUGGUCAUUCUUUAAUAUUUUGCUGGGUGCAGCUCUGUGCAGAUUAAAUAUAAUUUAACAAAUUGAUCUUUUGUUGAACUUACAAUUUUAUCUAAUUUAUAUAAGUAUUUUGUUUACAUUGGCAGUAGUAUCAAGUAAUACUAUAUACUAAAUUAAGUUUUUAAAUUUAGUUUUGAAGUAGCUGACACCCUGCACUUGUUUAUGGUUUAAAGAAGAAUCUGUCUUAUAAUAUUUAAGGGAAUGUGCUUUGCUCGUGUACUGCUGAGUCUUAUGAGUGGAAGAUGCACCCAUUAGAGAGUAAAGCACAAGUUUAUAUUUUUACAUAAAAUAAUGUUUUUUGUUAUGGUUGGCUCCUUGUUCUUGGUAUUGAAUAUGUAUUCUUGUACCGUUGUCCUCUAAGGUAACUUUUGUUUGGUCUUCACAUUAGUGCUUUAGUUGGUGGCAUGAUUAACUAGCACAUUUCAAUUCUAUUAAAAGUAAACUCCUGUAAAUCCUCGUUUCAUUUUUUCUGCAUGGUCUUAAUUUGGCAUUAAUAAGCCAGGUAUGUUUUGAACAGUAAGUUUUAAAAAUUAGGUUUUACAAAUACUGUGCCUACAUAUCAAGGAUAAUUAGUAACUACACAGGAUACAUAUUUUAAGUAUAUUAGGGCACAUGAUAAUUACAGCUCUUUAGUGAUUGAUGUAUGCAAGGAUAUUAGAGAAACAUGCACGAGCAGCAGCUUUGAGGGCACAUUUUGCUCCUAAAAAAACGUGCAUAAAUUUUACAUGGGUCACCCAAUUUGAUAACUUUUCAUACAUGCAAAAAAUGUUCUCAGAUCUCUGGUCCCCAGUGUUUCAGUGGUGUCUGCUCUAUUAUAAUCCAAGAAAACUUACAUUGUUAUUAAUGAAAGAGAUUUCUGCCGACAUAAUCAGUUGGUUCAAUGCUCAUGUUGGUGUACUACAAGAAUCUUGUAUAGUGAAACAUGCUAAAAAGUCAAAGAUUUUUAUUUUUUUGUUAAAAUAAAGUUGCAUUAUCAUUUAAUGAAAUGGAUGGUGAUUGUUAUUUUCACCUUGUAGGGUGUUCCUUUCAAUUUAUAGGGUGUCCUGCACUUAAUUCUCACAUUCCGCAUGACAUGUAUAUGACAAACAUUUCUUUCAAUUGCCCACUUUUUUUUUAAUUCUUUAGGCCACCCUACUUCAUCUCUACAUUGAAUGUAGAUAAUUAAAAUAGAAAAACAAACAAAUAUUUUGUUCAUUAAAUUUAAAUUCAAUGUGAUUAAUUACAUAUUAAAAUGAAUCAAUUAA